AAUCAUUACAGAUUGGAUUACUAACGCCAAGUGAUCUACAUUGAAGGGUUCUUGUGUUGCUGAGAGGGGGAAGAUGUCGGAUUGGGGGCCGGUUUUCGUGGCGGUGAUGCUGUUCCUACUGCUAACACCGGGGCUGCUCAUUCAGAUUCCUGGAAGAUCGCGUUAUGUAGAGUUUGGCAACUUUCAGACCAGUGGGGUGUCCAUCCUGGUGCAUUCCAUUAUUUAUUUUGCACUCAUGUGUAUCUUCCUCAUUGCUAUUGGUGUGCAUAUGUAUGUUGGUUCGUAGCUCACAAACAAACAAGCACCCAACUCUGUUACAAACUUUAACAGAGAUUUCUUAACUUGUGGGUUUUUAUGUAUUUUAAGUUCAGUUUUUGUCU